AUGGCUCACCUCUUUACAAACCGUGAAAAUCAAGGUCUGACAUCUCUUGCCUUCAAAACAGAUGGGCCCACGAAGACUCCAAUGAGAGGCAAAAACAUGACAACUCCUUUGCGGACUGGUAGGAAGGCUUUCGGAGUAGUCAACACGCAGUCGACCCCGCUUUUAAAUAAGCAGGAGAAGAAAACGAAGGAGGUUAAAAUUGGCAAUGUACUAGAAGCCAAUGUCAAAUGUGAAGCUAAGGAGGAGGACUAUCCGGAAAUUGAGAAGGUAUUCCCUUAUGAUCCAUUGGAGUUUGAGAAAUAUGGCGACCCUGAGGAUUUAAUUUGUCUCGGUAGUCUCCCUCUCGCUGGUCUGGUGUUCCCAAAAGCACCUCCUCCAUCAGAGGAAGACCUGCAUGCUUACAUCCCUCCACUCCCAAACACAUCGCCACCACGUCGCCCGGAACGCUUUGAGUUUGACGCAUUCCUCCAAACCAUUGACGAGCUUACUGUUGAGCUUCCUUCAGAACCUGAAAGCGACCAAUUCAGUCCUCUCUAA